CCUCGGUUUUCCUCCUCAACGCUCGCCUCUGUCUUUCUCAAACAACCAAACACAACUCGUAGCAGAACGACUUGCCCCCGCCCUCCGCCAUGGCAAUGGACGACGUCGCCUUCGCCGCCGGUUCCUCCUCCGCAUCCAUGGACGCCUUCGCCUCCUCCUCCACCGCGCCCACCGACCCCUCCCACGGCUGGCAGAAGGUCCUCCCCAGGAAACCCCGCAAGCACGCGGCCCCAUCCGCCGCCCCGACCCACGCCGCGCCCGAUCUGGCCAAGUCCAACGUGUUCGAGGGCGUUGACAAGCGCUCACAGGAGCGGCACCGCGCGAUCCGGGCCGCCCGGGACGCGGCCGACGAGGCCGACGGCUCGAUCGCCGCGUGGGGCGCGCGCUCCGACGACGACGAGUACGGCUCCGACUCCGACGAGGCGGCCAAGCCUCAGCCCGAGGAGGUCAAGAAGCCCAAGAAACCCAAGGUGAAGAAGCCCAAGGUCACCGUCGCCGACGCCGCCGCGCUCAUCGACGCCGAGAACCUCGCCGCGCACCUCAUCGAAGUCUCGGCCUCGUAUGAGAACCAGGAGGGUAUCCAGCUCAUGCGGUUUGCUGAUUACUUUGGCCGAGCAUUUGCAAACGUGAGCGCAGCCCAGUUCCCGUGGGCAAAGAUGUUCAAGGAAUCACCAAUGUCCAAGAUGGUGGAGGUACCCUUGAACCAUGUUCCUGAGCCAGUUUGCAAGACUGCCAGUGAUUGGAUCAAUCAGAGAUCUUCUGAUGCCUUGGGAGAAUUUGUUGUGUGGUGUAUAGAUAGCAUCAUGUCUGAAUUAUCAGGUCAACCUUUGGGAGUUAAGGGCUCGAAGAAGGUUGUUCAGCAAACUCCAAAAGCCCAGGUUGCAAUAUUUGUUGUGCUUGCCUUGACUUUAAGAAGGAAGCCAGAUGUACUAGUAAACCUCUUCCCCAAAAUAGUGGGGAACAGUAAAUAUCUUGGACAGGAAAAGCUUCCCAUCAUUGCCUGGGUUAUUAAUCAGGCAUCUCAAGGUGACCUAGUAUCGGGAAUGUUUUACUGGUCUCAUUCCCUAUUUCCCGCAUUAUGUGCAAAAAGUGGGAAUCCUCAGUCAAGAGAUCUUGUUUUGCAAUUGCUGGAAAGGUUUUUGACUACUCCCAAUGCUUCCAAAGCUCGGGGUAUCUUAUUGAACGGCGCAGUUAGAAGGGGGGAGCGCCUGGUUCCCGCUGGAACAUUUGAUCUCUUCAUGAGAGGAGCAUUUCCCGUGCCUAAUGCACGUGUGAAGGCUACAGAGAGGUUUGAAGCGGCCUACCCAAUAAUAAAGGAACUAGCUCUUGCUGGUCCUCCUGGCUCUAAGACUGUGAGGCAAGCGGCGCAGCAGCUUUUGCCCUUGGCUGUGAAAGCAAUGCAAGAAAAAAAUGCAGAGCUCUCCAGGGAGGCCGCUGAUAUUUUUAUUUGGUGCUUGACUCAGAGUCCAGAGUGCUACAAGCAGUGGGACAAAUUUCACCCAGAAAACAUUGGAGCCAGUGUUGUUGUCCUGAGCAAAAUAGCGGCUGACUGGAAGACGCUCGCUCCCAAGCUCAAUUCUGAAGCUCUCAAAACAACUCUGAAGAGCAUAAAGGCCAAGAAUGAGGUGGCUCUUGAAGAAGCAGAAGACUCUGGGAAGAAGGCUUCCAUCAAGGAAGCAGACAAGCUCUGCAAGGUGAUCAUCGGGAGGCUGUCCCGUGGCGCCACCUGCCUCAAGGGCAGCCUGCUGGUCAUCGCCCUUGCCGCCGCCGCGGGCUUCGCGCUCUCCCCCAACCUGGACCUCCCCGCUGACCUGGCGAUGGUGCAAGAGCACCUGGCGAAGGUUCCGGAGCACCUGGCGACGGUCCCAGAGCACCUGUCUGUGUUGUCUGAGAAGCUCCAGGCGAUGGCGUCGGAGUACAUGGCGUCGUUCUGAACAUACCGUCCUUCUCUAUUUAUACAGGCAGUGAAAAGGGGAGGGAAAUAAUAAGGGGUUGGAUAGGUUCUAGACAAAAAAUAUAUACUAGUCGGAGUUGUUGUUACCCGUUCUUUUAGCAUCUUCAUCCCAAGGAGACGUCUUCUUGGGAGGGAGAUGGCAGAGUUUUUAAGUUAAAUUGUUAAUUAUCGGUAGACUGAUCCGUGAGAAGGGAGAGGAGGAGAGAUGGUUUGGCCAAACGGCUGGACCCGAGGACUGAUUAGCGCCUUGUGAUGGAUCUGUUGAGACAGUUUUGUUUUUCUAAAUCCAGAUUUGUUGAAACUA